AUGGAUAACAUCAUUUGUUUAAAGUUAUUAAAAAGCAGGAAAAGAUAUAACAAAAAUGAAAUAUAUACAAUUCUUCCAAAUCCAUGUAACGAUAUAAUAGCUCUUGUUCUCCUCAAGAAGGGAAAUAAUUCUGAAGAAAAAGGUCUUAAAUUAUACUACAAUUUCUUGAAUAGUUGUAAUACCAUCGAUUUUUUACUAAAUAACAAUACAAUAAACUGCAUUUGGAUAUGUUGUGACAAGGAUACUUUUACAAAAAGCAAAAAUGUGAAAUAUCAAAUUCCCAUUUUGAUAUCUCAACAACAUAAUCUUUUGAAUUUCUACAAUUUUGCAAAUGUUAAUAAAAUAAAUGCCUGUCUAGAAAAUCACGAAAUAAUAAUUCAAGAUAAUUCGCUUCAUUUUCAUGUUUAUAACAAGGCUCAUACACAUAGAAAUUUAUAUGAAAAGAAUAAGUUGUAUAAUUUCUACAUAACAUAUGAUAAGCUAUUUAGUUUUGUCGUAUCUUUGAAUAAAAAAUUCUCCAUUUUGGAAUUGUUCAAAGAAAAAUUUGUGAAAAUAGUUUCAAAAGGGGAAAGCUCCUUUUUUAUCAUUCUAAAUGAUAUUGUCUGUGUUAAACUGAUUGCAAAAGGAUUGAGCUUAAAAGUAAAAAAAGUAUUAGCUUUACAGAAUAUUCUAACGAAUGUUUAUGAUUAUAUUUACAUUCAAAAAUGUCUUUUCAGUACCUUUUUCACUGAUUUUGAAAUUAGCAAUGACUUAAGCAGUGUGUUGUUGGUUGACUCGCGCAACCAGCUCUGGUCCUUUGAUUUAAAAAUAUAUUACCAUCUUAAUAUGAUAGGAGUAAAAAAUGAAAAUAUUUUUGAGAAGACAAAAAUAAAAAAUGUUGAUAUGUAUUCGUUACAUUCAAGGAAGGAGCCAUUUAGAUAUAUAGAAAACUGUGACAAAGGGAAUAACGAAAAGGAAUUAUGUUUGGAAAAAAAAGAACGCACUGAUUUUGAGAAAAAUAAAAAUAUUGUUAAAUUCAAUUUUGAAUCAUAUUUUCCUGAUUUUUUUGAAUUAAGACAAAAAAGUGUAUACAUAAAUGCAAAUAGUAGAGGAGAAAAGUUCUGCCAUUCUAUAAGUCUAAAAAAUUAUAAAAAUUUAGAAAAUUCGAAAUAUAAUUACAUAAUUAACGAAAUUAAAAGUAUGUAUGGAGAAAAACAAAACUUAUAUCAAACUAUUUACACCUUCGAAAUAUCCACUGGAAAGGAAAAGAAAAAUUAUCAAGAGAAAUACAAUACUAUGUUAUAUUUUUACGAAAAAGAAAAAAUAUCUAAUUAUUACAUGAACUUUUCAAACCACUUUGAUAAUUUCUCAUACUCUCAUGAGAGCAGUUGUGACGAUAUUGAAAAUUUUUGUAAACAUAAACAUUUAGGACUAGAUCGAGAAAAUAUAUAUACAGAUUUUCAUGGCAUAAAAAUUAACUAUGAUUUUGAAAAAAAGUACAAUAUUCUUCAGAAUGAAGAAAUUUAUCGAAACGUUAGUGUGAGGAAUAAAGAAGCAAAAAGGGUAGAAAUAAGCAGUGAAGAAAGAUCAUGCACCGAGAGAGAAAAUAUUAAUAGUACUGAAAAUAGAAAGGAGGUUAACAGUUUUUACAACCAUUUAGAUAUUCCAAUGUGUUAUCACAAAAGGGAUAAUUAUACCCAUAUGACAUGUCCCAACAGUUAUUACAUUCCAGGUACAGAGAAACUAGUGAAUUUUAGUUUAGAACAAUCAAUAAAAAACCUUAAUAAAAUACUUCCAAAAUAUAUACAGCUCAUUCACGUUUACAACUACUCAGCUGAUAUAAAAAAUUUAUUUAUAAUUAAAUGUUUUAAAAAAUGGUAUGAGAAAAGUGGUAAUAUAAUGCAACAGAAAAAGGCUAAGGAUAAAAACUUUCUGUUCAAUAAAAAAUUUCAGAGUAUAAAAUUAUACUCAUGCAAAGAGUACUUUUUUGUUGAAUACAUUUGUCUACCAAUGGAAGGAUGUACAAAAUGUAAACGAUAUUUAAUAGUUCUAAAAAAUAGUAAUGGAAAAAUUGAUUUUCUACAAAUUUUGAAGAAUUACAGUUAUUUUUAUGUAAAUAACAAAUCGCAUGCACUUUUCAAUGUCGACAAUAUGUUAUGUAAAGUGCUGUUCAAAAAUUACAUGAACAGUUUGUUCAGUAUCAGUGCAUAUAACAAAAGAGAAAAAGCAGAGAAAAUUCUUAAAAUGAAUGAUUUAAAAAGACAUUAUCAUUAUUUUAUAAUGAUAUACUACGGAUUUUUAAAUAAGGACAUGACAUUAAUUAAAAAAAAUUUAAAAAUACUUGGAUUUAAGGAAUCGCUACUGCAGUGUCGAAUUUUAUUUCAUUACCUUUGGAAUAACUUCAAUAUGAAAAUAAUUUAUUUCUAUUUUUUUGAUUAUUUUUCUUUCAUAAAUCAUGUAUGGAAGAAGAAAUACAAAAGGAAGAUGCACAAAUAUUUAAAAAUUAUAAGACAUAAAAGGGAAUACAUAGGAAUCUACAUGUCUAUUGCGUUGAGAAGUAUCUUUGACAUAGUAGACGUAGUAGGAAAAAAGUAUCUCUGCUUUCCAGACAAUUAUAAAUUUAAAAAUUCUAGGAUGGAAGAUGAAUUGGAUCCCAAUCAAACAGGGAUGGAAAAGGGAGAAUUCUUUAACGUACCUAAUAAAAAGGAGAAAAGGGAAAAAAUGGAAAAAGGGGAAAAAAUGAAAAAAGGGGAAAAAAUGGAAAAAAGGGAAAAAAUGGAAAAAAGGGAACAAAUGGAACAAAGGAAAAAAAAGGAAAAAAAGGAAAUCAUAAAAAAAUCAUAUUUAACAUUUUCAAAAGAUACAAAAUUUCAAAAUUACAAUUUAAAUAACAAUCACGAAAUGUUAUGCAAAAAAAAUUGGGGAUUUCAUAUUUCUGAGAAUAAUCAUUCUAAGGAUGGAAAGUUGCGUGCUGACUGUUUUGUUCAUUCUACUAUCAAAAAUGAGAAGCAAGAGAAAGACAAAAUUGUCACAGGUACAUCUAGAAUGAACAAUAAUCACACACAUUUAAAAAUGUAUUAUAAAACUUUGAACGAAUCAAAAAAUAACGCUUCCCCAGAUAGUAAAAGCCCAUUUACCAAUAGGGAUAUGCAAUCCAAUUUAUUGUUAAACGGAAAAGGCUUAAAAGCUGUCACGGAUGAUAAUAAGAACAAAAAGAACAACCACAAUAACAAAAAUAACAAGUAUAUAAAAAUAUUUUUGAUGAACUACUUUGAGAAACUCUGUUUUAGUAAUAAUUAUAAUUUAUUUUUAAACAAAAAAUUUAGUAUAGAACUGUGUUCAUUAAUGUUACAGUUCAUUAUUACAUUUAUCGAUCAUUUUAUAAAGAAAAGGGAAUAUAGAGGAAAUAACUCAAGAAGUAGUAAUGUUUUCCUUGAACUAAAUAAAUAUAUAUAUUUUGUUAAAAUGUUAAUGCAUAUAUUAUUAAACAAUUAUGAAACGAGAGUAAAAGAGAGAACCAAAAGAAACGUGAGUCACGUUAAUGUCUGGGAAAAUAUUACAUUAUUCCAAAAUUCUAAUGGAAAAUUUUACAAAUCUAGUUUAUUCAAUACCAGAUACCUUAAUGUAUAUAGGAUGUAUGAUGCUAUAUCCAAAAUAUUGUAUGUAAAAAAAUCUGCUAAUGAUAAAAUAUGUAAACAUCUCAAGUGGGAAAAUACUCUAAGCAAUCCUAGUAACAGGAGUGAGCAAUAUGAUCAUGUCUACAAAUCGAAUAAUUGUGUAACUAUUCACCCUUUAAAAAAAAAUCAGGAUGGUGAUAAAAAAGGCAAAAAUGGAAGUAACAGAGAGUUAUUAAAUACUGAUAAGUUGCUUCAUGCGUAUAAUUCUGUCAUACCCAAAAGAUUAGACAUGUCAAGUACAUAUUACACAGUAGAAGAAAAAAGAACAGAUAGUGGAGAGGGAGAAAACAAAGAAUGUAAAUAUACAAGACAAAAGGACUCGAAUAACACAGAUCAUUCGAAUCUAUUUAUAGGAGAAAAAAAUAUCAGGGUUCAUAAAAGUGUUAAUGAUAGUUUUAAUAGGCCAAAUUAUAAAUACAAUAGUGCACAAAAAUUUAAGAAUCUCCUUUUUUAUUUGUGCUAUUGCUUUAUAGUAACGGCGAAAAGGAAAAAGAAAGCACUUCCAUACUUUCAUAUGAAAGAUGUUUUAUAUAAAGAAGUUGUUAUCUCAAACAACUUAAUUUCUGAUAAACACUCUUUUGACAGUAUAGUUUAUAAUAUACUUAGCAGUAACAAUUUGAGUACGGUUAUUUAUUAUAUAUAUUCGAAGAAAUAUGAAUUUCUCCUUAAUUUCAUGUUUUUAUAUUUUAACUACAAUAUGCUGUACAAUUUCUUGCAAAAAGGUAGACACAACUUUUUCAAGAAUUUUACUUAUGGUGUUACUAGGAGAAGUGGUAAUGAUACUAAUUCAAAGGAAAUGCAUAGUAAUGAGGAAAAAAUAGAGGAGAAAAAAAUGUCAAGGAAUAUAAAAACAAAGAUAACAGAUCAAAAAAAACAAAGGAAACAAGAAUAUAAUUUAUUUUUCUACAAAAUCUUGAGCGCUGCUAUCAACGAUUCCAGUAUUACAAUUAAUAAAGGGCAAAAGUGCAAUUACAGAACUUUAAUUGAUUAUCUAUUAAAAGAAAAAAAAGUUGAAAACGACUUUCUAAUUGAUAGUAAAAUAAAAAGACGCAUUAAUCACGAAUGCUUAGUUAAUAAUGGAACCAUAAUUACUGCAUGGGACAUUACAGGCCAAACUAAUAAUCACAAAUUGGAAAUGGAUAUAAAUGUUAAGCGUGUUAACAAGCUUGAUAUUAAUUACAACCAUGAUAGAAAUGAAAUUGGAAAAGAUAGUAAGAAAUAUGCAUAUGGAAAGGUAAGAACCACCAAAUCUUACCUUAUCCCUCAUGAUGAUAGAACUCCUAAACAGUCGAGGAAUUUCCAUUUGAAAAUGAGCUUAAGGAACCACAAAUUGAAAAAGAAAUUGAAAAGGACAAUCUUGGACAUAUAUCAGAUGUACGACACCGUGAAUGACAAUUUUACAAAAUUAAAGAAUGAAAUACAUGUGAAAAAUAUUAAUACCUUUUUGAAUUUCCAUUAUGAUAUAAAGAAUAUAUUAAAAACGAAUUUAGUAAAUUUGAUAAUGUUAAUAUAUAAAUUAAUUAUGAAAGAUAAAGAUGAAUGCAAUUCUUUUUUUAAAAACAACAUAAUGAAUCACUUAGUAAGUAAUGCGAAGAUUCCAUUUUUAUUCAUCCAUUUGAACCCACACAAAAUGUUAAUAAAUUAUUAUGGGACUAUUAUAUACAGGCUAUUAUGUAAUAAUAUAGAUAACUAUUUAAAUGUAUGUAUACAUAUAUUGAAAAUAUUAUGUGUAGAUGUUAUGAAAUUUUUUAAAACUAUUGCCUUAAACACAUUUAAAAAAUAUAUUAGAAACAAUUUACUCUUAUUUUUACGCAAGAAUGGUUGUAGAUUUAACAUGAAGGAUAAAAGAGCUAUUAAAUUUGUUUCAAUUUUGGAAUUGUUCUAUAGAAAUAGUUCAUACGUGUCUGAACAUAAUAAUUACUACACAGAUUAUAUGUUAAAUAGAAAUGUUUUUAAAUUACAUAACAAUACAGCAUUUUUGAAUGAAUUAAGGAAGAAAAUAUACAAAUUUAUGAACAAUUAUAUUCAUGAUAUUGUGUACAAAGAGCAAAACACGUUGAAGGUUCUUAGUUAUCUAAACAUGUUUGACGAACCAAAUCAUAACAAUACUCAAUUUGUUAAUCACUUUGAUCAUGUUUCACACGUGUUUGUGCCAUUUAUUAUCCCAAAUUUUUUCAAUACAUACAACGUACAGUCUAAAAAAGAUGAAGAAAAAGAUAGGAAAAAAAAAGUACAACUUCUAUAUGUUAAAACUUUGUUAAGAAAUUUUUUAUUUAAAGGGAUGAAUUACAAAAGGAGAAAUAGAAAGAGAGAACAAUUGAUACAAAUGAAAAAGUGCUAUUUUAUAAAAAUAAUAAAAAAAAAAAAAAGAGUCACCAAGGUAGGUUUCAUAUACAAUAAUGAGUUGGUAUCACAUUCAAGAAAUAGCAUAAGAAGAUACAUUGUGGAAGAAAAAAAAAAAAAAUUAAAUUUGCACAUAAAUAAGCAAAGAUACAUUUGCGAACCAUUGCAUGCGGAAGAUUUAAUAUCAGAAGAGUUAGAAAAAAUAUGUCAUGAAGAGGAUGGCAAAAAGGAUUAUAAUAUGUGUCGUCUUAGAAACAUAGAUAUGAGUCAAGUCAUCUCAGGAAAGGACAUUUUAUCUGCCAUACAGAAUGAUCAAGGUAAAAAAAAAGUUCCACAUACAGAUGUUUGUGUUAAUUCUAAAAUGAUGAGGAAUGUUGGACAUGGGAAAAAACAUUCUGAAGAUAUUUCAAACCAAGAUAAUAACAACACAAAGUGCGAAAAAAACAAAAUAUAUAAUAAAUUUGUCAAUUGUUAUAUUACAAAAAAAAAUGGAAAUAAUAAUAUUGUAACAUUUAAAAUGGCAAAAAAUUGGAUGAAGUUGAAAGGGGAAGAAGUAGACGACUUAAUGUUUAUAAGUCAUAAAAAUUUUAGUAGUAACAUCAUAAGUGAAAAGAAUAAUAUAAUAAAUAGAAAAAAGUAUGCAUACGACAAGUGCUUCCAAAAAAGGGAGGAAAAUUAUUUCAAUUUUAAUAAUUAUGAUAAUGAAUGUUACUGUUUUCGUUGUUUCGGGACAAAAGAAGAAAAGGAAAGACAGGAAUAUGAAAAAGAUAAUAAUAAAGUGUUACAUGUAGAUUAUAACUAUAGCAAUGUUGAUUCUGUUGAUGAUUUUGUCCUAUAUAAUAAUCAAACUAUUGAAAAUAUUUCAGAAUUAGCUUAUAAAGACAAAGUUAUUUCUAAUGAAAAAAGUGUGCAAAAUUAUUACAUAAAUGAUACAUUUAUACUUGAAAGGGAGGAAAAUAAACAUAUCGAGAACACUUAUCGAUGCGGAAAUUAUUCCAGAGGGAAAUUAUAUCACAUUGAUGCGAAUAAUGAGAGAGAAUAUAUAUCAACACAAGAAAUAGAACAGCCGUUUAAAAAAAACAAAACAAAGCAGAAUUAUUGUAGCAGAUAUAGUUACCAAUUAAUUCCGUCCUCUAUAUAUAGAAGUGGUUCUUAUUUGUGCUGUUCCUUAGUAAUGUUAAAAACGAUUAACAGAAACAUUAUCAUUAGAAUUAUUCUGCAAAAUAGAGGGGUGAACUUUUUGUAUUUUCUUAUUAAAUAUUUUAGCAAAAAGAAGAUUAAAAAUUGUUUUACUCGUAAUGAGAUUUGCACCAGAAAUGGGCAACUAAUAAAUGUAGGAAAAGUGGCAACACAUGGGAAAAUCAAUAAUUUAAGGAAUUAUAAUAGGAGAAAAAGUUCACUACCUUUUCCUUUUUUUCUCAAAUUGGAUAUAUUAAACAAUUAUACUUUAUUUAAACAUAUGAAUGAGAACGUCGUUGAGAAAAAGAAAAUUAACUUUUCAGAUGAGGAAAACAUUUUGGGGGAUGAUACAAUUUAUAAGCGCGUAAUAUUAAAAAGUCAAAAUGAUAAAAAAAACAAGAUAGUAGUAAAAAAUUUAUACUAUGAAAUAAUCAAAAUUGCAAAUAUAAAAUCAUAUAAUUGGUGUUUAUUUGUACACAUUUUGGAAUAUUAUACAGAUAACUGUGAUAUAUCAGCUUUGUUUAUGCUCUUGCUCACCCUAAAAUAUUUUAGUAAAAAUUUUUUCAAGACACUUCAGAAAUUGAAAAGAUUUAAUUUUUAUGACAGGAUUAAAAUUGGAGAACAUUCUAAUAUGGAAAGAAAAAGAUCCGAUGAAAAGAGCAAAAAGGGAAGUAAGAACUUGCGAAGUUAUUCAAAUCAUACGAAGGAAGGGAAAUGGAGGAACGAUGAAUGUCUAAAUGGAGAUGAAAUAAGUUUCAUAAAAAUAUUAAUUUAUAUUCAAAAUUAUUUUCGAAAAAAGUCCAUAUGUUACAUCUACGAUUUCGUGGAAUCUGUUUUGGAAUCACUUGGAAUUUUCCUUUUAAUUUAUAAUGAUUUGUAUGAUGUAAAAAUUUGGAGCAAUUUUGUGAGUAAAAAAAACAGUAUAUGUAUAACAAGGAAUGAGGAAAUUUUAAAAAAGGACAUUUCAAAAGAAUGUAACAAUGAUGGAUACUCAACAUAUGACAAACAUAGUAACAAAGUGGAGAAUGUAAGAAAUAGUCAUACUUUGAAUUCGAGAAAGUUCAAACGAUAUAUGCAAAAUGCACUUAUUUAUUAUUCCUUCAUGAUAAAAUUAAGCAGAAAUUUUUUAUGCUUUAAUUAUUUGUCUUAUGAAGAUAUUAGAAAUAAAUUUAAUGUAACUAUUUCUUUUGGAAAUUAUAACAGUUUUUUGGAGUAUAAAAAAAAAUAUUUAAAUUCUAAUCAAGUCAAUAAACUUCACAAUUAUAUUUUAACUUAUCUUAUAGUAAAUCAAAGUUAUACAUGUAUCUACUUUUUUGUGCUCAAUAAUAGUAAGGUAUUUAGAUCUUUUAAAAAUUGUAAUUAUUUAAUAAAAAAAUUAUACAAAAAAGAGAAGAAUGUUUCCCUUUUUAAUAAUUCUUUGAACUUAUACUUACCGUACAUCUCUUGCUAUAUAUAUUCUCAACUGUCUAAUAAUUUGCUAGCUUUGUCUAUGUACAAUUUAGCAGAUAUUUUUCUGUAUGAAUGGGAAGGGCACAACUCCAUUAGGAAUAUCAGUGCGAUAGAUAUAGUUCAAAAGAGUGAAAAUAAUUUAGAGAAAUAUCAAGAGUUUACUCUGACCGAUCAAGGACCACUCCUCAGAAUAAUAUCACCCACUCAACUUCAGAAUGGUCAAACUGCUAUGAAUGCACAAGAUGAAAAUAAUUCAACAAUUUAUAUGCAUAGUAACACCGCUUACAAUAUUAGCAAAAUAAGAAGCAAAUAUUUGGAGGAGGAAGGAUUAGAUAAGAAAUGUCAUAAUAAUGCAGAACGAACAGACUUUAUGAUGAACUUUGUUUUGAGAAAGGAUAGAAAUAGUAUAAAUUUCAUAUCACUUCACGCGUUAAGUUUUUUGAAUUUUAAAUUAUUUCUCUGCAUAUUCAUGUUUAGCAAUGUGGACAUAUUUGACUUAAAAAAAAACAAAGAAAAUAGCCCUUUAUAUGUAAACAUCUAUUAUUUUAAAAAAUUAACGAAGAAUUUUAUGCCAUCUAUAUAUGAAGCAUAUUUCGGUACAAAAGAACAUAUGAAAAACAAAUUUAAGACAAAGUUAGAAGAAGAAAAGGGGCCAAAUAAGGAUAUCUUUAAGUUAGCUAUUAAGAAUUUGGCAGAAUAUAAGGAGAAUUAUCUCAAAAUUCCAAAGGAUGAUGUUCCACCGCACGAGAAAAAUAAGAAGAAGAUAUGUAAGAAAAACGGAUACAUUAAUGAAAAUAAAUGGGAUAAAACUAGAUACAGUUUAUGUUUCAAAAAUAUCCAGUUACUUGCUAAACUCAGAACCAUUCGAUGGGAUUCUAGAGACAAGGAAAAAUUCAAUUUAGUAGAAAAAACUUCGAAAAUAAAAAAAAAUAAAACAGGUUAUGAAAAAAAAAUACAUAUUUCUGUAAUGAAGUUUGACCAUUCUUAUGAUUUUUUUACAUAUAAUAAAGAUUUGUCAUUAAAAAAUUUGUUACGAAAAACGGUUGAUGAAACGUUCUUCAAAAUAAAUUUUUGUCCCUUUUCUAUUUUUAAAAAUAUUUUUAAAAAAAUAAAAACAUCUGACAAGUCAGCUAAUAUCGAUCAAAAAAUUUCAAAAUAUGAAGUAGACGCAAAACAUCAUCAGAUAACAUUCACAAAAAGGAAUCAGUACGCAAAGUCACAACACCUAUUUUGUAAUUCACUUCUAGAUGAAAAUAAAACGUUGAAAGAGAGGUACAAUUACAAUAUAUUCUUUUACCAUUUGAGAAAAAAUCAAAAGGUUGAUCAUUACGCGAAUUAUGUGACAAGAAUUAAAAAAAAUGAACAAGAAAAAAUGGAAUGUAUGGAAGGAAAGGGACAACCUCCAAUUAUAUUUAAAAAAGACAGAUACAAUAAUAAUGACACAUGGAAAGAACCUGUAUCAAGUUUACAAAAUAGCUGUAUACUUAUCAGCAAGAAUCGUUUUUAUUUUUUAAAACAUUUUGAUGUGAAGCAUUUUCUAAUUUCCUGUCAGCCGUUAGUAGCUUAUCAUAUAUUAAUAAUAAAUCAUGUUUUUUACAGACAUAAAAAACCAAUUAAUUUAUCGAAUUAUUUAUUUAUCAAUAAUUUUGACACAAAAGACUGCAACGAUUAUAUAGCUAAUAAUCACAUUCAUCUGCCUCUAAAUUUAGGAAAAGACCUAAAAAAAGUGAUUAACCAUUUAUGCCUCCAGUUAUGCAUAUUCUAUUUCAAUGAUAAUGAUAUAUUAUGUUCUGUGUUAUGCUUUCUAGAUCUGUGUAAUGUGAAUAUUGAAAAAUUAAAAAUGUAUAUUCUAUGCAUGAAAAGUAUAUAUUACUAUUUUAAGAAGAAUUAUAAAAAGAAGAGUUUUUUUGAUAAAUGGAUAAACAGUUUUGUGGAAUUUUUUAAAAUGGAAAAAUGUACAAUUGAUGAUUUUUACAAACAGAAUAAGGAUAUAUUUUACGAAACUUUUAACUUCACAGAUGUCAAUUAUUAUGACUUAUUCAAAAAAAAUUUCAUAGAAUUGAUUAUUAUUAAACUGUUUUUAGAACUAUCCAAAGAGAGUGAUAAAUUAAAGGUAACUAAUAAUACUACUCAAAUAAAAAUAAAAAAUAUAUGUGAUACCCAAAAUCGUUUUAGUGCUAAUGAAACCUUGAAUUUUCCAAAUAAGGAAGACAAUGAAGGAGACAAUAAGAGGAGUGAGAUAAAUAUGAAAAAAUAUACAUGUGCUGAUGAUAACAUGAAUACAUACGAUACAAAGAAUAGUUGCAGUUAUUCCACUAUAUGUGAAGAAUAUACAAAUAAGUUAUGCACUCAUGAGUGUGGUAAAAGUAUGCAUCAAAUUGAGAUGCACUUAAAACGUAAAAACUCCAUAUCUGAUGAGUAUGAAGAGAUUUGUGAAAAUGAAAAUAUGAAUGAAUAUCCAUUGGAAGGAAGCAAAAAUGUUAAGCAAAGAGGCAGUGCAGAUUACUAUGUAACAAAACCGGAAUCGAAAAAAUUGUUCAUUUUAAUUUUGUUAGAAAAAUCUAUACAAUAUAGAAUAAAAGACAAGAAAAGAAAAAAAAAAAAAAAAUACUUUAACGAUUUUUUAAAUAUAAUUUCGCUUUACUGUAAAGUAAAUAAUGUGCACCAACCUUUAACAUUAUUACAUAUUUUGAGCAAAAAAAAUGAUAUUUUUAUAGUUUUUUACGAAUGUAUUGAUAAAAAAAUAGAUAUUAAAACAUGCCAAGAUAUUAUCAAUUUGUAUACAAAAAACAAAUACACGAAAAGACAUAUACUAACGUUUUUAAAUCAUAUUAGAAAAAAUAUGAACACCAUAAUGAAAUUUCAAGCGAGAAGUAGUAAUCACAAUUUAAGCCAAAAAAGUGGAGGAAGUAGAGAUAUCUGCAAAGAAACAACUAAAAUCAGUCAUAAUGGCCACAAUUCUCCCAUUCAAAGUAGUGAUAAUGGCCACAAUUCUCCCAUUCAAAGUAGUGAUAAUGGCCACAAUGCUGCCAUUAAAAGUAGUGAUAAUGGGCACAAUUCUAUCAUUGAACUGUUGAAUAGGAUGCAAAGCAUCUUUACAGGGAAUGUCCAUUUUUAUAGAAGCGAGAGUGGUGUAAAUUAUUCGAAUAAAACAAUUCUAGAAUUACUUUAUCACAUAAUUUAUAACAAUUAUGAUUACAAGAUUCUUCAGAAUAUUCUUGAAAUUGUUAUCAAGAACAAUACAUAUUACACCAAAUUUUACAUAUAUAUCACUGCCUAUGUACAGUACAUUUUUAGAAACAAAUUUCCCUAUUUAUUUAUAAAGAAGUAUAAAAGGAGUAUAAAAAAAUUUGAAGCUCGAACAACUCAGAAGGUUGUCCAUUUUAAGAAGUAUGAGAAUAUGUUUCAAAAAAAUUUUUACACAUACGACGAUUUUCACAAUUUUGUGUUAUUCAUUAAAAAAAAGAAAGAAGAAUAUAAAAGCUUAAUUGUUAUGCUAAAAAAUAUAUGGUUAUACUUACAAAUUAGCGGGUAUUUAUUAUUUCUGAAAAAUAUGAAGAUUGUAGAUAUGUAUAAUUUGAAAUUUCAUAACUUUGUACACAAUAUAAAGGAGUACAAAAUGAAGAGAAUGGAUCUUUUUUUCGAUGUGAUGAAAAAAAAUGAAACAACUUAUUAUUUAAUAUUUUUUCUCAUUUCAAAUGGUAUAUAUAAUUUAUUGGACAGAUUUCUAUAUAUUUUUUAUUUCGAUAAACCAAUAGUUUGUUUAUGUCAUUUUGUGCGAUGUGUUCUAGAAUACCGUUUCGACAAGGCACGGUACUAUCUGAAAAAACAUUACAACAAAUACAUUAGAAGGAGAUGCAAAUAUUCAGACACCUUAUAUUGUAUUUUUUUUGAGCACCUUGUUAAUUACCUCUUGAUGAAGAAUCCCUAUAUGAGACACAUGAUACUAGAUAUGCUAGUACAAACAAGACAAGAUUGCAAAUAUGUGUUUUCUUUUUAUUUGCACAAAACUUUAAUUAAUUUGAAUAUGAGAAAGGAUAUCUACUAUACUGUUUUUGAUGCAUGUGAAGAAUUAACAAAUAGGAACAAUUUUGAGAAGGUCCAAAAAAUGCUUAAUGAAAUAUACAUGUCCAUAUACAACAACUGGCAUAAAUAUGCUUUCCCCUAUAACAAAGGAUACAUUAUAUUGAGUCAAUUUGUUCUAACACAUUAUACAUGUUUUAAAAAUUUUUUAUAUAUUAUAAGAGAGAAAAAAUAUAUAGACGAUUAUAUUAUUUCGCUUUAUAACAUUUCCCAAUUAUUUGGUUAUUCUAAUGUAAUUUUCAUAAUUUUUCUUUUGAACUACUCGUACACGUUGCAAUCCAGAUUAAGUGUGUAUGAACAGAUAUCCAUUUUGCUUCUCUGCAUAAUGUUAAUAAAUAUUCUUAAAAAGGAAACCAAUCAAAGGCGUGAAAAUAUUAAAAAGAAAAAAACAAACAUGUUUCAUUAUGUCAAGGAUAAAAUUUUACUAGUUGAGAAUUUACUUAAUAAAAAAUGUAAAGAUACAAUUAUAAAGAAAAAGAAAAAACGAAAUUGCUCUAAAUUGUGCAUACUAAACUUUUUACCCCUUAAGAAGGAAGAAUGUGAAGUUUUAUUUUUAUUUAAAGAUUAUAAUGAAAAUAGAAAAAAAUAUAUAAAAUGCUAUAGAGGCUCCUUCCCGAAUUUUGAAAUUGACAGUGAGAAUAUAAAAUUGCGUAAUCAAUUUUAUGAUAAUGCAGAUACAUUUUUCCAUAAUUUUGACAAAAAUGUGCAAAUUUUUAAGUAUUUAUGUGUGCAUAAAAAUACUAUAAGUAGUCUAAAAUUGAAGAUAAUAUACUUGUUAAGUUUAGCAACGAAGAAUAAAAUAUUCAUACAAUUUGAUGAAUUGAAUGUGUCAUACAUAAAAAACAUUUUAAAAAAAGUUCGAUCGUGUAAUAAUAUGAACACAGUGAUCCAUGUCCACAGCGUGACCAAAAAAAAUCUACGUCCAAAUGAAGUGAAAAUAGACAAAGAGUUAAAACGAAUAAGGGAAUUUUGUAAAAAGGAGGAAGCAAGAAUUUACAUAAAUAUGAAUUCUGCAACGAGAAAAAAAAUGGAUGUUCCACCACAUUUUAGAUAUAUAAGAAAAAAAAUUUGGAGUACUGCUAGGAGUGAGAAAAGCCGUAAUGAUAUUGUUGCGAACGUAUCGAAUCAAUUUUCGGGUCUCGAAAAAAACGAAGUUAUGUACAGAGAACAUGCUAAUAUUAAUCUAAAUGAAAAAAAGAUCACGGGAAAAAUAGGAAAAAAACAAAAUUAUGCAAUUGAAGAAAAUUUCAUUUUCAGUGUAAAGAACUGUAAUAUGAGUGUAGAUCAUAUGGAUCACAUAAAACUUCUUCUAAGCAUAUUUAUAUGUAUAAAUAAUUUAAUAAACAAUUUUGAUAUUAUCAAGUCUCAACAUGUAGUAGAUGCAUUUGACAUUUUUAACAUAUACAAUCAAAUAAAAAAGGGCCAAAAUGAAAUGCUAAAAAAGGAGGCAUAUUGGAAAGAACCACCCUCCAAUCAGAACUCAAAGAAGCAUAAUAAACCUAGAAGAAAUAGCAAAAGGUGUGGUGUCAAAAGAGAGAAGAUAUAUAAAAAUUCAGAAAACAAAGAUAAAUCUAAGUGGAUGGAAUCUCGCUCCAUUUUUGAAACAUGUCUAAGUGAUAACAAAAUGAAAAACUAUUCUUAUUAUAACACUUUUAGGAAAAUAAAAAAUUAUUCUGUCUUUAAUAGAAAGGAUAUUGAUUCUAAAAAGAAUAUAGAAAUAAAAUUAAAUAUGAAAUAUGAUAAGUCCCAUAUGCAAAUUGAUGAUAUAUAUAAAUAUAUUUACUAUAAUUCGAUUUAUGCCCUAAUUAUAUAUUAUUAUUUAUAUAUUGAUUCUAAAUCAGGGCUAGAUUUAAUGAAAUUAUUAUGUUCCAAAAAGGUAGAAAUAAAAAAAGGGGUAAAAAACAUAACCAAUAAUUUUGAGAACUUGUUUGAAAAAGCUAAAAAAUAUUGUAGUUGUGAUAUUUAUGCAUUUAUACUUAGAGCAGAAUUAUUAUGUGCAAUUAAAAGAAAAAUGUGCGUUGUUAUAGAGAGACCAAUAUCGUAUCAAAGAAAUAAUGAUAUAACUUUGUUAAUACUAUUCUCCUACGUUUUAAAGAAUUUUAAUAACCUAAAUGGAAGGAAAACGUGUGAUAUAUCUAUGGGUUUGAAAUUUAUGUACCUGUUUAAAAGCAAAAUGAAUAUUCUUGCUACGAAUUUAUUGAUUUUCCAUAAUUUUAUUUUGAUCCUAUUAACCAACUUUCAUAAAUAUAGUUUAAGUGACUGCUGGACUGAAAAAAGCGCUAAUGAAAAUAACGAUUUAGCUAGCUCCUUUCAAAAUUUCACACAGAGAGGUAAAUGUACACCUAUCAUUUACUCAAAAGGAAAUUCGAAAAAUAGCGCCUUGAAAAAUGACACCUUGAAAAAUGACACCUUGAAAAAUGACACCUUGAAAUAUGACAACUUGAAACCAUGCGUUGAUAGAAUUUUUAUAUAUUACGAAUCCUCACAUGAGUUUUUAAAUAACUACACGAAUAUGAUAUUUACUAAUUCAUGUAAUUGGAUAUACAGAAAUUGCUUUUUUCGAAAUCUGCUAGAUGUCUACUUCUAUGUCUUGCGAGUGAUGGUAAGGAAUGCACGACAAAAACGUACAAAUUGCGAGACUGAUGAACAGUGUGGAAUGGAUGAAAAAUACGAAAUGACAAAAAAGAAAAGACAAAGGAGAUAUAAAAAAUGUGAAUUAUACUACCGUGCGGGGGAUAUUCACAAAAUGUUUUGGAGAAUUAAAAAAGGAGAACCCAAUUUCAUUAACAUAUAUUGCACCAAUUUGAUUGACUUCUACAAAAAGUUUAACAUAUCAUUACCACCAGAAGUAGAAGUAGAAGUUGUUAUAUUUUUAUAUAAACUAGCUUGUAAAUUCACAUCUGAGAGGCAUAUUAUACAAAUUAGGAAUUUUCUUAAAAUGAGAAUGCAUAUGUAUAUAAGAAGAAAUAAAUUAUAUCUCCUUUUCAGAUUGUUAGUAAACAUAAAUGAGUAUGACAAAUUGGAUUUUCUUUUUAAAUAUCUUUUUAUGAAUAAGUCCAUUUUCUAUUUUUUAAAAUAUAACAAUAAUAUGUUUUUAUCCCUAAAUGUUUAUGACUUCAAUUGUGACUUAAGCGUUUCCUUGAAUAGUAGCUGUUUAUUGUACAACAAAAAUAUUUACAAAUUUAAGAAUAUGUUUAACGAUAUAAAUGAGCAUUUCCAUGACAAGCAGAACUUAGAAUUAAAUUCAUCAGGAUGCAAUAAUCAAAGUUUGCAUAAUCAAUUGGUUGAUGUAACUGAAAAUUCCAACAACUUUCGGGUGUCCAAUAUUUUUCAAACGAAAAUGAAUAAUUACCAUAAUAUCAGGAAUAAUCUUUUUUUAACAUGUAAUAAUGGAAAAAAGGAAAAUCGUAAAUUUAACCAUCUAUUAUAUAUUGUUCAGGACUUAUACAGAAAAGACGAAAAAGAGAGAAAACGAGCAGAUAAAAGUAAAGUAAAUAUUUCUUACAAUUUUAAAGGAUUAAAAUUUUCAGAUUUGUUAAAAUUUUAUGAAGAAAGUUAUGUCAAUAAAUUUGAAACAAGAAGUAUAUCUUCUGCUUCUAAUUUUAUAUUUUAUGAUGAUCACUUCUUUGUCUAUAUAUUAUCUUUUUAUAUAGCCCAGUACUGUAAACAGUUUACUAAAAGCAACAUAGAAAUGUUGACACGUAUUUAUAAAGAAGUAGGUCUAAAAUAUGAGCUAUAUGAAAUGUUAAGCAAGACAGCUAAAAGUUGUAUACAAAACUUAAAAGGAGAUAAAGAUGUGUUUGAUAGAACAAAUUUAAAUACAAUAAUUGUUUGCAUAAAUUUGCUACAUCAGUGCGCAUUGAUAUUAUUAGAAAUGGGAAACCUGUUCGAAUAUCAUUGCAACUUGAAUUAUAUUUACCUCCUAAUUUUACAAUUAAAAUAUGUCUAUUUGCAUAAUAAGCAAAAUUUACAAAUGCAGAAAAGGAACAACUUUUCAUCUUAUUUCAAUAAAUGUAUUAUGUUAAAUAAAUUGGGAAAUAAAAAAAUAUACGAAAGUGAUUUUGAAAAAAUAUUUGAUCAUGUACUAUAUGACAAUAUUCCUAUUCAAGACUAUAAAAUAAACUUUCUAAAUUUAUCUCUUGAAAAUUUUAUUUCGCUUGCAUACGAAAAAAAUUACGACGAUAUUGUGUAUGCUUUUAUACCGAAAGUUUUAUAUAUUCAAGUUAUUCUUUAUGAUAAUAAAAAAUAUUUAAGGGAUUAUUGUUCUUACAGUUGUGUUGAUAAAAAUACCAUAAAAUAUAUAGUUAAGUUAUUUCAGUUGAACAGUGUCCAUUUAAAAUUUCAGAAAAAAUUCCCAACAAAUAAAUAUAAAUAUUUAACUAUAAAGAAGGAUAUGCUAACUUUUGAUUUUUCCCAUUACCUUUUAUCCGCUAUAAAUAUACAGUACCCAUGUGUUCAUGAAAAAAAAAUAGUUUUGGAUUAUGGUCAACAUGUUCAUUCACUGAAGUAUGUACUGAGCCACACAAGCAACAUCGAUUUUAAAAUGAAGGUUUGUAAAAAACUAGGGACUGAUUUUGAUGACUUAUUUUUUGAAUGCAAGAACAUUUUAAAUUUAACCAUGAAUUAG